AUGGUUGAAAAACUCACGUCGAGGGCUAAGGCACCCGAACCCGUAAUGGCUCAGGGCGAUGAUGGCAAUGACUCCUCUGAUGUACGCGAAAGGAAAGGAGGAACUACUCGUGAUGGACAGGAUAUGUGGCGAAUUGGAAGAGUUCAAGAAUUGAAUCGAAAUUUCCGCUUUCUCUCAGUCCUAGGAUUUGCAGCUGUGCUUAUGUGUACCUGGGAGGCCGUCAUGUUUGGAAGCAAUAACGGCUUGACCAAUGGCGGUGUUGGCGGUAUGAUAUACUCUUAUAUCGGCGUACUUAUAGGGUUCUGCUUCGUCAUUCCCACGAUGGCGGAGAUGGCUUCAAUGGCUCCAAGCGCAGGAGGACAGUACCACUGGGUCUCGGAAUUCGCACCAGCAGAAUACCAACAGUUCCUCAGCUACUUGACAGGUUGGAUAUGCGUUUUGGGCUGGCAUACUGGCAUUGCCGGGGCCUCGUACACCGUUGCCAACAUGAUAAUUGGAAUUAUCCAUAUCAACUAUCCAGAAACAUAUAAAGCGCAGCAAUGGCAUGUGACGCUUCUCGUCAUUGUGAUAGCUGUUACGGCAAUGUUCUUUAACAGUUUCUUUGCCCAAAAGCUGCCCGUGAUUGAGGGUAUAAUGUUGGUUAUCCAUUGCUUUGGGUUUUUUGGUAUCCUUAUUACACUUUGGGUCGUGGCUCCGACGAAACCGGCAUCCCAUGUAUUCAGAACGAUUGAAGAUAAUGGUAACUGGGGGAAUAAAGGGCUGGCAUGUCUCAUCGGGAUGGUAGGGCCUAUUUAUGCACUUAUAGGACCCGACUCCGCCGUCCAUAUGGCGGAGGAAAUCAAGGAUGCAUCCAUAGUCCUGCCUAGGGCAAUGAUUUGGACAUUGGCGAUUAACGGAGGCGCCGGUCUCGUCAUGCUCAUCACCUAUGCGUCAUGUGUUAAUGAUGCCCGGACUCUCCUGAAGACCUCCACCGGUCUACCUUUUGUCCAGGUGUUCCUUGACGCGACUGGCUCCGUUCCUGCAGCCACCGGCAUGACCGUUCUCAUCAUUAUUCUCCAAGGAUGCUCUGCCAUCAGCAAUGUGGCCACGACCUCUCGACAGAUGUACGCCUUUGCUCGUGACGGAGGACUACCAUUCUCAAGCUUCAUCGCCAAGGUUGACUCGCGCUUCGUCGUCCCCCUGAACGCUCUGUGUAUCAGCUUCGUCAUCGUGAUCCUGCUUGCCCUCAUCAACAUCGGCUCAUCCGUAGCGUUCAACGCCAUCUUAUCACUCGGAGUCGGAUGUCUUCUGACAUCCUACAUCAUCUCCAUUGGCUGUGUUCGGCUGAGGAGAUGGCGUGGCCAGCAGCUCCCGCCUGCUCGAUGGAACAUGGGCAGAUGGAGUAGCACCAUGGAGACGGCCUCUCUGGUCUUUCUUGCUGUUGCCUGGGUAUUCUCGUUCUUCCCACUUGCAAACCAUGUCAACGCCGAAACGAUGAACUGGAGCUGUCUGAUCCUAGGGGGAGUGGUUAUCGUAUCGCUGGUGUAUUAUGCCUUCUUUGCCAGGCAUGUCUAUAGGGGACCAGUGACGAGGCUCCGGCCGUGGACAGACCAAAAGGAUAUGCCCUGGAAAGUUGAUCACAACCCUCUAUACAAGAUACGUGAGCAUAUCGUCAUACUUGGUGGGGGAAGUUCAAAAUUGAUCGCGAGACAAGAGUCGAGCAAAGAUAUCUCCCUGUCGCAAGUCGCAAUGGCGUCCAGAUCCCAGAUACCUUACGGCGACCGUGCAAAGGCGCAUCCCAGCCCGCUUGUCCGCCGGCUGUUUGAGAUCGCGCUCCAGAAGCAGUCGAACGUCGUCGUCUCUGCAGAUGUCACCACCACCAAGGAGCUAUUAGACCUGGCUGACCGCCUUGGUCCGUACAUGGUUGUGUUGAAGACACACAUCGAUAUAAUAUGCGAUUUCUCCGAACAGACGAUCUCCGGCCUCAAGGCAGCCGCAGAGAAACACAACUUCCUCCUCUUUGAAGAUCGGAAAUUCGUCGAUAUCGGAAACACGGUGCAGAAACAGUACCAUGGCGGCACGCUGAGGAUAUCUGAGUGGGCGCAUAUCGUCAAUUGUGCUGUUUUGGCAGGGUCAGGGAUCGUCGACGCUCUGGCACAGGCUGCUUCGUCGAGCGAUUUCCCAUACCCGGCCGGCGAGAGGGGGCUGCUUAUACUGGCUGAGAUGACCUCCAAGGGAUCCCUGGCUACGGGAGAAUAUACGAGACUGUCCGUCGAGCUGGCGAGGAAACAUACGGGUUUCGUCAUGGGGUUUGUCGCCACGAGGUCAUUGGGCGAUGUUGAGACGCCCGAGGUUGCGAAGGCGGAAGGGGAAGACUUCGUCUUGUUUACUACUGGUGUAAACCUCGCGUCGAAGGGGGAUCAAUUGGGUCAGCAGUACCAGACCCCCGAAUCGGCAAUUGGGAGAGGAGCGGAUUUCAUCAUCUCGGGGCGAGGUAUAUAUGCUGCUCCUGACCCUGUUGAUGCUAUCAAGAGAUACCAGCAGGCCGGCUGGGACGCGUACCUAAAGCGUGUCUCAAAGUGA